AUGAGUGGAUCUUGUAAAAGAAGUUCUCCCAAAAGGAUUAUCCACUUUGCUGAUGGAGACAUCAUGGAGGAAUACAGCACAGAGGAAGAUGAAGAAAAAGAGGAACAGAACUCAGCAUGUGACUCUUCUAAGCCUUCAUGGGGAUCAUACAUCUGGUUUUGGGCAGGUCAAGUCGCAAGCAAUUCAAUUUCUAUUUGUGAACUUCUUGGUGAAAGAUUUGCUGUCUUCUUUGGUCUCACUGAACCCAAAUACCAGUAUGUGCUAAAUGAGUAUCACAGAACACAAAAUAAGGCAGGUGAUAAGGAAAGUGAUGGGAAGGCAUCAAAGGCCCAGGACGUUGAGGUUCCUGAUGAAAAGUGUCACCUGGGAGCUGGUGGCCAAGAGUAUGGGGCCAUCGCUUCCAGAGAAGGGCUGGAGGCAGAUACCAGCUCAUGA